AUGUCCGAGAUUGUCUCGACAGAAGCCAUGCCUUGUCUCUAUCGCCAGCAAAACGAAAGCUGUCUGAAAGCAACAACAGGAGCAGGAAGACAACAACAACAACAACAACAACAACAACAACAACAACAACAACAACAACAACAACAGCAACAGCAACAGCAACAGCAACAGCAACAGCAACAGCAACAGCAACAGCAACAGCAACAGCAACAGCAACAGCAACAGCAACAGCAACAGCAACAGCAGAGAGGAUGA